AUGGCUCUCAGUGAAAUCUGUCGAAGUGCACGUUCAGCUUUAGGUCUCAUUCAACUACGUCGAUCUUUGGUGGUCGCAAACCAGACAAGUAAGUGCAAUUGUGUCUUUUUUAUUACCGCUAUCUCGUGUUGAAACUAUACAGCGUAGUUUUAGUUAUCAGGCUGCAUAUCGAGACAGAAUCAUGAACCCACAGUUUCUGUUUUCCAGCUCGGUGUCUGAGUCAAUCAGUACCGCAGCCAGAGCCCACUGAGGUUGAAAAUGAGGCCGUGAACCCGACCUUCGAGAACAGAAACCCACGGAACCUCGAGCAGCUGGCUCUGGCUGUGAAGGACCGAGGCUGGAAGACCACUUGGCCCCACCGGGAGUACUACCACAGGUCAGUGUAAACACAGUGCUGAAAUGUGACAGAAAACUAUGUAAACCAGGUCACUCAUUUCCCAUUCCAAGUCUUUAGUGAUAGUCUGACAAGUUAUACAUUUCAUCUGUGUUUCAUGUCUCAACAGACAAUUUAGUUUACUGUAAAUAGAGACACCAGCAAUGUGAGUCAUCUGAUUAUAAGUCACAACAGAGGGUACUCUUAAAGGGAUAUUCCGGCGUAAAAUUAAUUUAGGGUCAAACACACCUUAACACCGACUUAGACACCCCCUCAAGAGAUGAAUGUUUCUGACUGCUUGCCUCUCUAGUUAUACCAACUUUAGUAACGACCACAGGAUAGUAAUACACAGCGGUCUGAGGAGCCAUGAACAAACAUCAACCAAAAUGCCACUCUAUAGCCACAAAUUAUGUUUAGAACAGCACAUAACUUCAUCAACAGUACAUAUAGGGUCCUAGCCACCAAACAUCUUUUUAACUUUGCCUAAUUUCUUUAGCAAAGAGACUAAACACAACUCACCUACUCUCAUCCAGCAGCCGCUUGUUUGUAGCGAGACCUCAGGCCAGUCCAUUACAGACUUCAGCAGGGUGAUGCAGCUCAAGGAAAAACAUUUAUGAUCAUUACUUUAUCAUUUCCUUGAAGUAAUAAUCACUAUAUUAAUCAUUUUGCACUGCAGACGCGGUAGUUCUUCUGCCUUAGCGUCUCGGUCUGAUUGCAUUUCCAUGAAGAAAUGAUCAUAAAUGUUCUUCCUUGAGCUUCGUCACCCCGCAGCAGUCUGUAAUGGACUGGCCUGAAUUCUUGUUACAAACAAGUGGCUGCUGGAAGAGAGUAGGUGAGUUGUGUUUAGUCUCUUUGCUAAAGAGAUUAGGUAAAGUAAAAGGUGUUUGGUGGCUCGUGCUGUGGCUGGGACCCUAUAUAUACUGUGGAUGAAGUUAUGUGCUGUUCUAAACAUAAUUCGUGGCUAUAGAGUGGCGUUUUGGUUGAGGUUUGUUUAUGGCUCCUCAGACCACUGUGUAUUGCUAUCCUGUGGUCGUUACUAAAGAUGGUACAACUAGAGAAGCAAGCGGUCUGCAACAUUCAUCUCUCGAGGGGGUGUCUAACUCGGUGUUAAGGUGUGUUUGACCCUAAAUUAAUUUUACGCCAGAAUAUCCCUUUAAGUCCACCUGAUUCAGAGACAUUAUUCUAAGGGAGCUUAGGGCACACUAGAAAUUACAAUCAACUAUAAAAAAACAUUUUUUUAAGGUCAUCACUGCUGAUUCUUACAGUGUAUCUCAUUUUCUUAAAUAUCUAUCUAUCUAUCUAUCUAUCUAUCUAUCUAUCUAUCAUAAAUCAAGGCCACAAAAUCUGAUGUAUUAUUAUUAUUAUUAUUAUUAAUAUUAUUAUUCUUGAUAUCCUCCUCCCAGGUUAGUGUUUUCUCGCACCCAGCACCAUGUAACAGCAGAGGUCUUCGCCAGCGGCUCCUCUGACCCGGUUGUUUCCUGUACAACUAAGGAGUGGGCGAUAAAGAGGGAGCUCCCCUCCACGAACUGCGUGGCUGCAUGUCAAGCUGUGGGUGAAGUUCUGGCGCAACGAUGUCAACAGGCUGGCAUCACCAGGAUGGUGUACAGGGCGAUUCCAUGGACAUAUCGCUCUGAUGCUGUGAGUUUAGCUGUGUACAUAUGCAGAUUUAUUUGUCUGCUCUUCCUCUAACUCUGUCGCCUGUAACAUGUCUCUCUCUGAUAACCUUCCACAGGUUCAGUCUUUUAGGACUGCGAUGAAAGAGGGAGGAAUCACCCUCAGUGAACCCAGAAGAAAAUAUAUUGGCACCUGA